UCCCUUUUCCUGGUCAAAUCCAUCGAUUCCAGAAGCCUCCCCCUUCCCCGCGAAGCAAGCAAGCAGCCCAGAUCCAAACCCCCGCCCAAAAUCCUCUCCCCCUCUCGGAAACCCUAGCCUCGCCCCAUGCCCUCCGGGACCCCUCGCCGCGGCUGACGACGACGACGGCGGCGAUGAGGUCGCUCCGCCGGGUCCUCCUCCCGCUCGUCCUCCUCUCGGGCCUCGCCUUCCGCGGGGCCCGCUUCGACGACGCCGACGCCGCCCCCGCCCCGCUCCUCCUCCCGCUCCCCCUGCCGCCGCAGCAGCCGGCGCCGUCCCUCGCGCUCCCCGCCGGGGACGAGGCGGGCUCCACGGAGAUCGUCGCCGCGGAGCAGCCGUCGCUCAGGGAGCUCCUGGUCAGGCCGCCGCGCCGCCGGUCGGAGCCCGCCAACGCGGUGCUGCCGGACACAGGGCCCGGCAUCAGCUCUGAACUGCGAUUUUAUGACAAUGGCACAAUUCAACUUGUGGACCGUCGAUCGGAAGCUCCUCUGUGGCAGUUCUCCACGGGACCGCCUCUGUCCAAGCACAUUACUACCACAAACUCUGAUUUGAGCUAUCUCAUAUAUCCUUUGGACGAGUCUGAUCUUGUGGAAGUUCAUAAUGGCACCGGUGUGAAACUUCCCUGGGAACUGGAAGAGUUUAUCGCUAGAACUCCAUACAUACGGGAUUCUGUGGUUACUAUUGGAUCAAAAGCAUCAACAACUUUUACGGUUGAUGCUGAUAGUGGUGAGAUCAUUUACAAGCAUAGUCUGCCAGCCGCCUUGAAUGAGUUGGGAGCAGUCCCGGUUGGAGAAGUACCAUCCAAGUUAGAUGUUGGUAGAAGUUCUAAUAUCAUUGUGGUUGUGAGAACUGAUUAUUCUCUCAGUGCAUCAGAUCUUGGUGUACAUUUGUUUAACUGGACACGAUCUUCUUUCUCUGCAAAUUACUAUGUCAAACACAGCCAUCCGGAUAUGCUUGAACAAUCAUCCUGUUUGCAAGAAAAUAUUCCAUGCAUUAGGACCGAUGGUGUACCUCUGAAACUUACUUUACCUGAUUCCAGUACAUCCAAUGCACUUGUCUUGCGAGAUGUGGACAAAGUUACCACUAGGGAUGGUGCUGAUGCUUUGAGACUACUUCAAACUUUGGUGAUUCCACAACAAACUGCUAGCAAGUCUGGUGUAGCCCUGGAUGGCACUCAGAAUCGAACUGUUGAUGGUGCUCUUAGUCAUCUUGUCCCUGCUGACCCCCAAACCAACAGGUUCACUAAUAAUGCUUAUGGAUUGCUAUUCCCGGUGCUUACCUUACUGGUGGUCCUUACUUGGCUGGUGAGGUUGGCCUAUUCAAGCAAGUCUUGCAAGCAAUUCAUGAGUAUACUUAUGAAGCCAUUUGUUCGUGAACAGAAAUCAAUAGACCCUAGAGGGAAGUCGGAGGGAACAUCUAAGAGAAGGAAAACACGGAAGAAAGAUGGAAGGGCCAAUAGCACAGAGAUCGGUUCAGCAUCUGACAAAGAGAGCAGUGGAACCGGCGGGUCAAAUGAGAUGCUCUAUGCACUCCCUGAUGGCCUUGAUGGAUGCCAGAUUGGAAAACUUCGUGUUCAUAAAAAGGAAAUUGGUAAAGGGAGCAAUGGCACAGUUGUCUUUGAGGGUUCCUAUGAUGGACGUGAAGUUGCAGUGAAACGCCUGCUUCGUUCACACACUGAUAUAGCACAAAAAGAGAUUCAGAAUCUUAUUGCAUCUGAUCGUGAUCCUAAUAUUGUUAGACUGUAUGGCUGCGAUCAGGAUGACAAUUUUGUUUAUAUCUCCCUUGAGAGGUGCCACUGCAGCUUGGCUGAUCUGAUCCAACAGCAUACAGAUCCAUCCUUUUCAGAUGUUGAGAAAAUAGAUGUUGAACUUUGGACGCAGGAUGGACUUCCUUCGCCACAACUCCUAAAGCUGAUGAGAGAUGUUGUUGCUGGUAUUGUGCAUUUGCAUAGUUUAGGAAUCAUACAUCGCGAUUUGAAGCCUCAGAAUGUCUUAAUAAGUAAGGAGGGAUCUCUCAGUGCAAAGCUUUCUGAUAUGGGUAUCAGUAAGCGCUUGCAAGAGGAUAUGUCAUCUCUUAGUCAUCAUGGCACUGGAUAUGGAAGCUCCGGUUGGCAAGCACCUGAGCAGCUUCGUCGUGCUAGUCAGACUCGUGCAAUGGAUUUAUUUAGUUUGGGUUGCCUUAUUUUCUAUUGUAUCACUAAAGGCAAGCAUCCGUUUGGUGAGUACUAUGAACGGGACAUAAACAUUAUAAACGGUCACUUUGAUCUCUUCGUGGUGGAUCACAUACCAGAAGCGGUGCAUCUUAUUUCUCUGUUGUUACAACCAAAACCAGAUGAGAGACCCACGGCGAUGUAUGCGAUAAAUCAUCCUCUCUUUUGGAGCCCUGAGUUGCGGCUUUUGUUUCUAAGAGAUACCAGCGAUAGAAUUGAGAAAACCACUGAAACUGACCUCCUUAAUGCUUUGGAAAGCAUAGGACAUCAAGCUUUUGGUGGAAAAUGGCGAGAAAAGUUGGAUGAUGGUCUGGUUGCCGACGUGGGUCGUUAUAGGAAAUAUAAUUUCGAGUCAACUCGUGACCUUCUCAGGUUGAUUAGAAACAAGUCAGGACAUUACAGAGAGCUUCCAACUGAUCUCAAGGAGUCACUUGGGUCACUGCCGGAGGGAUUUGAUCGAUAUUUCUCAAGCCGAUUUCCAAAGCUGCUAAUUGAAGUGUACAAGGUCAUGUCAGUUUAUUGCAAGGACGAAGAAGAUUUCAGAAAAUAUUUCAUUGGGAGCUCGGUAUAACUAAAGCAGAUGUCAUCCCUCUAUUGUAUGCACUAACAGCCUUCACCUAGCAAAAUGUAUGUACAUGUGAUCUGUAUCAUAUUACCAUUGAAGGAAGAAAUCAUAAGAGAUCUCAACCAUUAA